AUGAAAUUCUUCGCUGUUCUCGCUCUCUGCAUCGUCGGUGCCAUCGCUUCACCAUUGUCUGCUGACCAAGCUGCUCUUGUUAAGUCAACAUGGGCUCAAGUUAGAAAUAGCGAAGUUGAAAUCCUUGCUGCUGUCUUCACUGCUUACCCAGACAUUCAAGCCCGUUUCCCACAAUUCGCUGGAAAGGACGUCGCUUCAAUCAAGGAUACUGGUGCAUUCGCCACACACGCUGGAAGAAUCGUCGGAUUCGUCUCAGAAAUCAUUGCCCUCAUCGGAAACGAAUCAAAUGCCCCAGCAGUCCAAACUUUAGUCGGACAACUCGCAGCUAGCCACAAGGCACGUGGAAUCUCACAAGCUCAAUUCAAUGAAUUCCGUGCUGGACUUGUUUCAUACGUCUCAAGCAAUGUUGCAUGGAACGCUGCUGCUGAAUCAGCAUGGACUGCUGGUCUUGACAACAUCUUCGGACUCCUUUUCGCUGCUUUGUAA